AUGGCGACUGAAACGGAACUAGCAAAACAGUCUGUACCGAUAAACAAGAUACCAAAAAACUCUAUUGAAUCUGUGAUUAGAGUCUUAGUUAUUCGCAGAGGUUCAAUAACACCUUAUAAAAAUUCAAGGAAUGAAGGAACUUAUAGAACAAUUAUAUUAGUUGACGAAGAGGGCACAAAGAUUCAAACAACGCUAUUUAAUAAGCAUAUCGAAACAUGGAAGGACUUUUUGAAGCCAAAUAAGAGUUACUACAUUGCUAAAGGACGCUAUGAUCGUGUCAACCCCAACUACUCUUCUGUGCAUAAAGAAGUUGAAUUGGCCUUUACAGACAACACUGUCAUAAAGGAGACCGACCAUGAGGUUUCAACACAGAAAUUUUCUGAUGGUUUUUUAUCAUUAGACGCUGCUGAUAACUUACCUAAUGGUUCUGUUCUAGGUAACUAUCCAAACGUCAAAGUUGUAAUUUUCAUGCUCCAUUACGUAAGUGCUAUCGCUAAUUUACACGAGCAAUUUCCAGACUUGAUUUGCGUCUUAGUUUCGGUGAAUCCCAUCAUUCAAAAUGCAACUUCGAAGAGGCGAGAAAUAGUUGUUACAAAUGAGUUGAUGGAGCCUACAACUGUAACUCUUUGGGGCGAUUUUGCUGAAAAUGACGGUGCAUUCCUUGAUAAGCUUAAAGACGAUAAGCCUAUACUCGGCUUAUGUGAUGUUAGAGUUUCAAUCUAUAAAGGCCGAUUUGGGAUCUCUACUAUUCCUGUGAGCAGCGUCUUAAUCAAUCCAAUUUUCCAAAAAGCACUCGACCUUCGAGCCUGGCGCGAAAUCAUAGAGGCUGACAACAAAGAUAUUAUAGUAGCACCAACUAAGGCAAUGAAAAGAGCUAUAGAAGUUCCGUUGGACCAUAUUCUCAAUGGGUUGUUGGCUGAAUCGCAGGAUUCUAUGUACAAGUUCAAAGCAACGAUUGUAGACAUACUCAAUAAAGAUGAGCCAUGGUAUUUGUCGUGCAAAACAUGCCGCAAGAAAGUCAAAGUUAUAAAGGAGGCUGCAGCUUGUACUAAUUGCAACAUUGAUAAUGUAGAAUAUGCAAUGAGAAUUGAUUUGACAGAUGCAAACCCCCGUAGGAGCUUAAUUGCCGAAGAAAUACAUCAACUAAAAGAUGAAGCACCAAUUAUCCUUGAAGAAGAAGUCAGAUCAGUGAGGAAGUACAGGAAGAGGGCUAAGAAAACCACAAAUGCAGCGGCCCAAAUCAACCAAAAGAAACCCAAAGCCGCUAAAGAUUAG